AAUAAAAUAUAACAGAGUCCAUUUGUUAAUCAAGUGUACAGGUUCAGACACUUCACUUCAAUCAGUACUCCGUCAUGUUCAAAUUAACGUACAAGCCGAAAAAUUUAAUCGAGUCGUUGCUACCCAUUUUGGUCUUCAACUGGAUCUUUGGGCAUCAACUACUCCAAUAUCCUAUAAAAGAUUUUGAAUUUUUCCAAACGUUUUUCUACUCUAUACUAAUUGUUACUUUUUUUUACUCUGCUUUGGGCUAUACUAUGUGGUAUUGCUACAAGUUACCUUGGUUUAGUUAUCAAGAAAAUAUAUUUUUUAUCACUGUUAUUGUUAACAUUCUGAUAUUAUGUGUUAACUUUGUUCUCGGUUGGAUUUUCAAAAACCGAUCAAGGAUCAUCAGCAUGAGAUGCUUGAGAGUCGAUGAAAAACUGAGAGAUUUAGGAAUGACGAUCAACAAUCAACAGGCCUACAAUUAUUCCGCAAAGCUGACUAUUUUUUGGAUAAUGAGUGUUUUUAUACUCAAUUUUAUUUCUACUUUAUGGAGUCAUGACCGUUGGCAUUAUCUACAAAACCUUGCUGUGGUUUCUACGGUUCAACAUGCGAUUCACGCUAAUUCUUUAGUUGACUUGAGCUUUUGUUCACUAAUAAGACACAUGGAACUUAGAUUUAAAAAUAUAAACUCGGCACUUUUGAAGUUUCAAAUUAUACCUUUCGAAGUUUUAUCAAUGUCAACCAAUCAGUUUAAUCAGAACGAAAAAAUUGUCGGCAAUCGUGCAAUUUUGUCGAGAAAUACAUUGAAAAAUUUUAAUUAUGUUCUCCCGAUUCUCAAAAACAGUCACCUAGAAUUGACUUCGCUAUGUGGUGAAAUAACACAAAUAUUUGGACUUCAACUAAUAAUGACGAUAAGUUCAUCAUUUAUUUUAAUAACUACUAUGCUCUACAAUCUAUACCUAUUAAUAUUAAAUACAGAAUUUACAAACACAGACAAAAUAUAUAGAGUCAUGAUUUUCGUAAGUUGGGUCAUAAACAACGGGUUGAAAAUUAUAUUCAUCAAUCAUACUUGUUCCAAAACUAUAAGUCAGUGGAAACAGGCUGGAAAAAUAAUUCAUGAAUGUGAAAUAAAAUCACAAGAUGCUGACUUCUGUCGACAAAUUCAACAGUUCUCAAUUCAAAUCUUGCAAAAUCCUCUUUAUUUUUCACCCUGCGGGUUAAUAAGUCUCGGCUACACGUUAAUGCGAGAUUUGUCUGGGUCAAUAACAACUUACCUCGUUAUUUUGAUCCAAAUGAGUAAUUCGGAUCAACAUUAGAGUUAAAUUUUUUUUAAUAAAUAGUAAAAUCUUGACUUGCCUCGAGUUACAAGUCGCAUUGAGUGAAGAAAUUUAUUUACUUGGCUCGAAAAUAUAGGGGAAGGGGGGGACAAAAAGGGGUAGGGUAGGCAAAACGGGGUACCCCCAAAAUUUGAUAAAAAAAAAUUUUAUAUUUUAAAUGAUUUUUAAACAUUCCAAAAUCACUUCUGUAAAUAUAAUUAAGCGUUACUUUGAAUUUUUUUCGGUAAACUUUUUCAAAAAUCAAUUGUCAGUAGAAAAAUAUUAAUGACGUUUGUUUUUUGAUUAAAACUAUUAAAAAUUUUUUUUCUUCUUUUGUCUCCAAUAAACAUGUAAAAUAUAAUUUUUCUUCAUGUAAAUUACUUACAAAAAAAUUCAACUUAAUCAAAUUCGUUUAAAAUCCAGAAAUUUUUUUUUUUACCUUUUUUAGGGAGUACCCCACUUUGCCCGCGGAAAUGAAAAAUUUUUUUUUUCAACGGUAACUGAAAAUUUCUUCUAUUUACUUUGAGUAUCAUUAAAAAAAAAAAGAUUUAGCGUAUUUGAGUCCUCAAAAACUUGGUAUUUCCUUAAGUACCCCCUUUUAUUCCUCCCUCCCCUAUCAUCUUCUAAAUCUUCUAAGAGUCGUAUUUUCUUGAGCUGUCGAAAUUUGUCGUCAGUUAAAGAAAUACUUCUAUCAGUGCAUCGGUAAAAGAAAUUAUGUCUUGAAAAAAAAUAUAUGCAUAUUUAAAUAUUUUUUUAAAUUAAAAUAAUGACUCCACUGUUAUUUAGCUCAUCUCUGUAAUUUACUUUUGUAAAAAAAACCCGUUAUAUAUACAUAUAUAUAUAAGUAAUGUAAUAUACCGUCUUUAUAAAAAGUAAGCAAUAAAAAACUCUAUUUAGUUUGAUGGAUUUGGAUAUAUUUUUAUUGGAUUAGCCGUGCAAGUCCGAUGGAACGUUAAAUCGUCGAUCGAGUACUCGUGAAUUAGGAAACUACAAUAGGGAAAGAAUUGAUGGGGUCAGAAGGGGCGACGAUCCGUGAAGUUGGCCUCCGUAAUCUCAUUCUUUUUCACUUAACGAUAGAUGCGAGAGAAAGGAAAAAAACUAUCGAAGCUUCAAGUAAUCCUGAGGGAAUCGGGAAAUGCUGUUUUCGAUACUAGGGACAGUCCAGAUCCAGAUGCCCCACUGAUAUAGAUGAUCAUCAUCACUUGAGUUUAAAUCAAUGAAUUAUAAACUAUUUAAUUGCUUUGAUGUUACGUGAUUGAGGUACGCGAUGUAGCAAAUUGCCAGCCGAAGAAUCUCAAUCUUGGAAAGCUUUUUGUCGGGCGGCAAAGUCGGUAGUAAUUUUCUCAGUUCAGCAAACGCAAGAUUGAACGCUUCCACUCUCACUCUUUCCCUAAUCAAAUAAUUUCUCUUAAUGAGUGUCUGUUUAUUUAGAAUACGAAUUAUUAUUAUUAUUAUUUUUGAAUUGUUACCGAGUUGCGUGGGCGGUUCGAUAUUUUUGAGUGGCUCGUCU